GGCAGAGUUGUCCUCCUGGCCGCCAUUAAAGAAUUCAAUCCAUGAACUGAAAUAAUGGAAAUCUGCAGGACCCAUGGAUCUGGCUGAGAAAAGUAGCCGAUGAGUAGUCUCGCUAUUUUUGGCAUUUCGUCUGUUUUAAGAGUAGUUUUAGUAUGACGGAGAUCUGUGAUGGUUUUAGUGAAAAGGAGGGCGGUGAAGCUAAUUGUUUUAUUUAGCUAGCAAGCUAACCGUUGGAGCUCUGGUAUGUUAGCUUUUGUGCUAGCAGGCUAGGAGAGAUCAGGGGGAGGGGAGAGUUCCUUUGCUUUGAAAUUGUUUCAGAUCAGCUAGCUUGUAUUAGCAUUAGCACACCGGGGACUAAGCUUUUGAGGUGAAGUUUUGUAGUUUUCGAGCCCGUGUUUUUUAUUGCGCAUACAACUUUUCUUUUGUUUGAUUGAAUGGUAGUCUGUCCAGAUCAUGUUAACAUAGAUUAUUUCAUGUUAAGGUUAGUGUAGUAGCAACCCUGCGGCUAACCAGAACAGACAAUACGUUUCAAAUAGGAUUGAUGAAUCGAAUAGCUGGACGCUUUACAGUUUAUCUGACUGCCUGUCUAACAUUAGCUUAGCCACCAGGCUAGUAGUGGUGGCUAGCACCGGGUAGAAGUUGUCUGGUUGACUAGCCGCUGCUAGCUGUAGCAAGUUGGUCAGCGCUUUAACGGGAUAAUUACAACUGAACAUCGAGAAGAAGAUCAGCUCUUGCCCCACGUUGGUGAUUGAGACAAUGGACUUAAACGCUACAACCACGCAGUGAAAGGAUGAGUUCGUGCUUUGUACCAAACGGGGCCAGUUUGGAGGAUUGCCACUCCAACCUCUUCUGCCUGGCUGAUUUGACUGGAAUCAAAUGGAGGCGUUUUGUGUGGCAAGGGCCCACAUCUUCGCCCAUCCUUUUCCCGGUGACCGAGGAGGACCCCAUCUUGUGUAGUUUCAGCCGAUGCUUGGCGGCAGAUGUGCUGAGUGUGUGGAGAAGGCACCACACCCCGGGUCGUAGGGAGCUCUGGCUUUUCUGGUGGGGCGACGACCCCAGUUUUGCAGAGCUCAUCCACAAUGAGCUUUCAAGCGAGGAGGAUGGCGAGUGGGAGAGCGGCCUGUCCUACGAGUGUCGGACGCUCCUCUUCAAGGCCAUCCACAACCUGCUGGAGCGCUGUCUCAUGAACCGUGGCUUCGUUCGCAUCGGCAAGUGGUUCGUCAAGCCAUACCAGAAGGAAGAGAAGACCAUAAAUAAAAGUGAGCACCUAUCUUGCGCGUUCACCUUCUUCGUACACGGCGACAGCAACGUGUGCACGAGCGUGGAGAUCGCGCAACAUCAGCCUCUCCAGCGCCUGAGUGAGGAGCAUCUCAGUCUCACCCAACAGAGCUCCAGCCCCUUGCAAGUUAUCUUGAGCCCGUACGGUCUGAAUGGGACCCUCACCGGUCAGGCUUUUAAGAUGUCAGACCACCCCACUCAGAAGCUCAUAGAAGAGUGGAGGCAGUUUUAUCCCAUCAGCCCCAAUCCUAAGGAGGUACAGGAGGACAAGAUGGAGGAUACGGACUGGGAGGACGACUCCCUGGCAGCUGUAGAGGUCCUUGUCGCGGGAGUAAGGAUGGUUUACCCUUCCUGCCUAGUGCUGCUCCCCCUGUCCGACCUCCCCGCCGUGGUCCCUCAGGGCGCCACUAACACCUCAGGAAGCCUGUGUGGCGCUCAGCAGGGUCAGGCUGCUCACAGAGACCCUGCCAUGUCCUCUGUCACUCUGACUCCUCCCACAUCACCAGAGGAGGCUCAGACUGAUUAUCAACCUGCUCAGAGGUGGCUCAAGUUGUCCUCUGCAUCCGAUGGCUGUAGUGCUAACAACACUCUUCAUGGAGGCAAGAUCCCACGCAGGCUAGCCGGGCAGAUGGUGGAGUCUGUGUGGCAGGAGUAUAACAUCAACCGUACAGGGCAUAAGAGGAAAUUUACUACAUUGACCAACGGCACUUGUGAGGAAGAGCCAGAUAAAACUGGGCUUUGGGAUUUUGUGGAGCCGACUAACCGGUCUCACUGUAACUGCGUAAGACAUAAGAACCAGAAGCAGCGAUCCAGCAGUACCUCAGGACACACGCCUUCAUCAGGCCAGCCCGCUCAGCCGACCCCCAAACACAAGCUGGGCGAGAAGCUGGAGAAGUUGGAGAAGCAGCAGAAGAGGCCGCAGACGCCUUUUCACCACCGCAACUCUGUCAGCGAGGAGCAGUCCCUGGAGCCGCAGACCCAGAGGCUUUGUCUGAGAACGCAGGAGGAGGGUUCGUAUCCCAGCCUGCACCACGUUGACACGGUGCCUACCAAAGCGCCCACGCUACAUACGCACGGCCCUCCUGCCGACCUCGUAGGAUCCCCGCCCCCGCCUCCUCUCAGCCCGCACCCCUGCGAUCACGCAGAGGGCGAAAUGACUCCAGGUGGCAUAAAGAGCUCGUCCACGCCCAUUCACCAACCAUUCUACCCACCGUCUGUGGAGCCCUGUCUGCUGCCACAGAAGGGCUCGUCGGAGGAGCCUCCGCUGGAGAACAUACCACUGCCUCUGCCUUUCCCUCCCAACUACAACGAGACAUUAGAACCCACUGUCUUCGUCGGCUCAGCCAUCAACCCAAACGAAGACUGCACCCACAACCCUUGGAAGUAUUUCAACCUGCCCAGGAAGAAGGCUACCAGCUUGCAGACACCACAGCUACCUUUGGAUAAGAUCCUAGAUGACUCUGGGGGAGGCGGAGGAACAGAGAGUGUCGUGUCUGUCACUGAGUUGAUGUCAGGCUCCACACACACCCUGAAGGUGUCCCAGGAGCUGAUCAAGACAUACACCCAGCGGAGAAACAGCCACCUUGUAUCCGCCGGCGAUGGAGAACACGGCGAGGAGCCUGACCCGUACGCCUUUGUUGAGGGGGACGAUGAGUUCAGCUUCACGGAUAAAAAAGACAAACCUGGAGCAGAGAGGGAUGGCAACAAGAAAAACAAGGGGGAUGACGGAUCUGGAUCUUCAGGAGAAGAUGGUCAGGGUCCAUCAGGUAAUAAACCUACCGCCUCGACCAGCCUCAUACAUGAGAAUGACUUGGCCGUGUCCUACAGUGACCUCGAUAAGAUCUUCAAUUCGGAUGAAGACGAGCUAGCGCCGGGAUCCAAAAGAGCCGGAGCUGGCACAGACGACAAAUUUGGCUGCAAAGAUGUGAAAGCUGCCACGUCGGACCCGCUGUCUUGCAUAAGCUCGGUAGACCUGCACCAGAUGUUUCCCACCCCACCUUCCCUGGAGCAGCAGGGUUACUCCCCCAUGAACUCCGGGAGCAAGGACAGCCUGGAAGCGGGGGCGGGUCUCACCCUGUUGGACGGUAGCCAGCUCAACAACCACUUCAAGAUGGAGGUGGAGGAGGGAUUCUGCAGCCCCAAGCCAUCUGAAGUGAAGGACUUCUCCUUCGUGUACAAGCCAGAGACAAGUCAGGUUUUCAUCGGCUGUUCCAUGUACGCCCCACUGAAGAUGCUGCCCAGCCAGUGUCUGCUGCCUAUCAAACUGCCUGAGGACUGUGUGUACACGCCCAGCUGGACCAUGGGUAAAAUGGAACUCAUACCCCCAGUGACGAACGUGAAUCUGCUCACCAAAGACAGUAACGUCCCCAGUGUGGAGCCAGACUACAGCCAGACCUACACCCCUCAGACCCACACCCCCUUCAUGUCCAGCAGUGCCCCUCCCAGCAACAGUGGCACAGGCAUCCUGCCCUCCCCAGCCACGCCUCGUUUCUCCGUUCCCACACCCCGCACCCCACGCACUCCACGGACGCCCCGCGGCCCCUCCAGUGUCCAGGGCUCGCUCAAAUACGACAACUCCGACCUUUACUCCCCUGCCUCCACCCCCUCCACCUGUCGACCGCUGAGCUCUGUUGAGCCGGCCACCGUCCCCUCCAUCCCCGAGGCCCACAGCCUCUACGUCACCCUCAUCCUCUCUGAGUCCGUCAUGAACCUCUUCAAGGACUGCAACUUUGACAGCUGCUGUGUGUGCGUAUGCAACAUGAACAUCAGAGGAGCAGACGUGGGCGUGUACCUCAAGGAUAACGGCGAGGCACAGUACCCCUGCACCUGCGGCUUCAGUGCAGUCACCAACCGGCGCUUCGGCCAAUCGGCCGGGCUGUUCCUGGAGGACGAGCUGGACGUGGUGGGACGGGGCUCGGACUCCAGCCGGGACACGGAGCGGUGUUUCGAGGAGCUGCGGGCUUCACACAAAGCGGGCUGCUUGGUGGAGAAACCUCCGGAUGAGCUGAUCUUGUUGCUGCAGGACCAGUGCACCAACCCUUUUGCUCCGAUGGCAGGCGUGGAGUACCCCAAGCUGAGCUCAGCGCCCAGCUCUUUUCUGAGGGUGGAGGAGAGAGACUGUUACAAUGACUGCUACAUGGCACUGGAGCACGGCAGGCAGUUCAUGGACAAUAUGUCAGGAGGCAAAGUGGAUGAAACACUAGUGAAAAGCACCUGUCUUCAUCAGUGGCCCAAAUGUAAAUCAGCAGACAUGAACAAGCUGUUCUCUCAGGACGUCCUGCGGGUGUUGUUGUCUCUCCAGCCUGUGCUGCAGGACACCAUUCAGAAGAAGAGGAGUGUACGCUCGUGGGGCGUUCAGGGACCGCUCACCUGGCAGCAGUUCCACAAGAUGGCUGGGAGGGGAUCAUAUGGUACCGAUGAGUCCCCUGAGCCUCUGCCCAUCCCCACGUUUUUAGUGGGUUAUGAGUACGACUUUGUGGUGCUGUCUCCUUUCGGGUUGCCCUACUGGGAAAAGCUUCUCCUGGAUCCUUUCGGCUCGCAGAGAGAUGUCGGUUAUGUCGUGAUCUGCCCAGAAAAUGAAGCUCUGCUCAGCCGGGCGAAGACCUUCUUCAAAGAUCUGAGUGCUAUAUAUGAGGCAUGCCAGCUUGGACAACACAGACCCAUCUGUAAGAGUCACCCAGAGGGCGUAUUGAAGGUUGGCACCACAGACGGGAGGAGCAUGACAGAGCAGCCCCUUAGCGACUGGUUCCUAAAGAUGGCUGCCAGAGACGCGAACAAUGAAGCCUUUAACAAGCUCAAACUCUUUGCACAAGUGUGCCGCUAUGAUCUAGCUCCGUACCUGUCCGAGCAGUCUUUGGAUAGCUCUCUGUUGUCCCAGCGCAGCCCCUUUGUGGCCUCCGCCGCCUCCUACCAGACCUCCAGCUCUUCCAGCAACUCCUCAGGACCCCAGAGCACUAACACUACCAGCUCCAGCACCAGCUCUGCCCAAGUCAACAGCACCCCUCCUCCCCCGUCCUCCACCUCUUCCUCCACCUCAGGCCAACAGUCUAUUGGUGGAUUGGCCAAGCCGAGCUCCUACUCGCCUUUCGGGACUGCAGGUUUGCAGGGGAACACGCCUCAGAACGGACCACAGCUAAACCCGCAGAAUGCAGCAGAGAAUGGACCGUCUGCUAACCAGCCUCAGGCGCCAACGGAGGCACCAGAGAGCACAAUGGAGAGGGACAAAGUGGGGAAGCCUACAGACGGAGAGUCUCACGCUGUGUCAUACCCGCCCGCCAUCGUGGUUUACAUCGUCGACCCCUUCAGCUACGAAGACGCAGACCGAGAAGUCCACUCCAGCGCCUACACCCUGGGUCUCCUGCGCUGCUACAUGGAGAUGCUGCAGUUCCUGCCUGCUCGUAUUCGAAAUGCUGUCUCAGUGCAGAUCGUCCCCUGUCAGUACCUCCUGCAGCCGGUCCACAGCGGGGAGCGUCACCUCUAUGGCCAGCACCUCAAGUCGCUGGCCUUCUCUGUGUUCACUCAGUGUCGUCGACCUCUGCCCAACUCCACCAACUUCAAGGCUCUGACGGGCUUUGGUCCUGGUCUCGCCAUUGACAUGGCACUGAAGAACCCAGAGAGACCUGAGUGUCUGCGACUGUACACGCCGCCCUUCAUCCUGGCUCCUGUGAAAGACAAACAGACGGAGCUGGGGGAGACGUUUGGCGAGGCAUCUCAGAAAUACAACGUUCUGUUUGUGGGCUACUGUCUGUCACAUGACCAGCGCUGGCUGCUGGCGUCCUGCACUGACCAGCACGGAGAGCUGCUAGAGACCUGCAUCAUUAGCAUCGAUGUUCCAAACAGGGCUCGCAGGAAAAAGGGCUCAGCGAGGCGGGUGGGUUUGCAGAAACUGUGGGAGUGGUGUCUCGGCCUGGUGCAGGUGACAUCACUGCCAUGGAGGGUGGUCAUCGGGCGGCUUGGUAGAAUGGGCCAUGGCGAGCUGAGAGACUGGAGUAUUCUGCUGAGCAGGAGGAACUUGCAGUCCCUCAGUAAACGUCUGAAGGAGACGUGUAGGUUGUGUGGCAUCUCAGCCGCCGACACUCCCAGCAUCCUCAGCGCCUGUCUGGUUGCCAUGGAGCCUCAGGGUUCCUUUGUCAUCAUGCCAGACUCAGUGUCGACAGGCUCUGUGUUCGGUCGCAGCACCACGCUCAACAUGCAGACGUCGCAGCUGAGCACACCUCAGGACACAUCCUGCACGCACAUCCUCGUGUUCCCCACCUCAGCCAUGGUGCAGGUCAACACCAACACUACAGAGCCAAUUGACAUCAACUUCAACCCCAUAAAUGACGGGUCUGAUGGAAUGGGUAUCUUUGACCUGUUUGACAACGACAUGGUGGAUCCAGACCUCAUCAACAUCCUGCCAAACUCACCUACGACCUCUCCGGUUCACUCUCCUGGUUCUCACUAUCACCAGGGGGGAGACGGAAGCAAGGGUCAGGGUGCAGACCGCAUGGAGUCCCAUGAGGAGGCUCUCAACAUCCUACAGCAGCCGAUGGCUUUGGGCUAUUUUGUCUCCACGGCCAAGGCUGGACCACUGCCCGACUGGUUCUGGUCAGCCUGUCCUCAGGCUCAGAACCAGUGCCCACUAUUCCUCAAGGCCUCUCUGCACCUCCACGUGUCUUCUGUCCAAUCAGACGAGCUCCUGCACAGUAAACACUCCCACCCGCUGGACUCUAACCACACCUCUGAUGUGCUCAGAUUCGUUCUGGAGCAGUACAACGCCCUCUCCUGGCUGACGUGCGACCCUGCAACCCAGGACCGUCGCUCCUGUCUGCCUGUUCACUUCGUGGUGCUCACACAGAUGUACAACUUUAUCAUGAACAUGCUCUGAACUCUCACCGGAUCAACUAGAGGAGGUUUAAACGGAUGAAACGUGGGAUUCAAACGGAGAAUCCCUGACACUCAAAAGGACCUCACACUCCAUCAGGGCAAUUGUGGAGGAAGCAUCCCUUCCCCCUCCUCCUCCUCCUCCUCCUCCUCCUCCCUGGUGUAUCUCACACAACACUGACUGACUGACUGGAAGUCUCCAAUCAACCAAUCAAUCAAACAGAUGCCAAGAAUCCACUUUGGAAGAUCAAGGGACGUUUCAUAAAGGAGAAUAAAAUGUCUUUUUAAUGACUGUAGAUUGCAAUCUUUAAAAAUUUUAUCUUAAUGAAAUGCCUGCAUAUAUUAUUUAUUGUAAGUUUUUAAAUGUGGAAUUUUUAAUGCAUAAUAUCUUUUAUAUAUUAAAUCCUAGAGGGUGUGUACAUCUCACUGUAAAGGAAUUGGUUUAAAGUGUAAUUUCUCGAUUACAACACGGAACAAACCUGUUCGAGUGAAUUUGCUGUAGAUUGCUUUUAGAAUAUUAUUUUUUCAAAGGGUACAGACCUUUCUAUUGCCACGCUGUAAAAAUGAAGUAAAAGCUGGCCUGGGCAUUUGCGUCCCACCUGACGAGUG